CAUGGUAAAUGUGCCAUUCGCCUACGUAUCACACGUGACACAAGGUGCUAAUCGGUGCGAUUUCAGCAAUUAUACAUUGUGGGCACAUCGCUAGCAAUAUGGCUCCUUCGUUUCUUCAGAUUUUCCUGCUGAUGAUUUGUGUUUCGUUGAUAAGCAGUAUACCAGGAGAAUCUACUUUCUAUGGACAACCGAUAUUUGCUACAAAAACACCGUAUUUCUGGGAGCGAAAUGCCAACGAAGCUAUCGCUGUUAACUCUGGUAUGAACAUCACCCAUAACGGAAAAACGUGUACGGCCAUUUAUGUGGACGCGCUGUUGCGGCAUGGCGCCCGAUACCCGUCGUCAGAUGUUAGUGCGUCUAUGCUUUCUCUGGUGCCUAAACUGCGGAGCUCACAUCUGGCUUCGCAAAGUUCCUUCAUAAACACAUGGAGCAACCAAUUCCCAAUGGACCUGAACGCCCAGCUCACCUCCCGCGGCAAACGGGAACAAUACACACUAGGCAAACGGUUCCUUUCCCGCUUCCAGUCGCUCCUACAACCAGCUUCGGACUGCAUCCGAUACUACGCUACAUACAAGAAGAGGACACAGGACAGUUCCAAAUAUUUUGAGCAGGGAGUCACAGGGCGGAAGAUGACAGAUGACUUAAGUAAUAGCACCCAACCUACCAUAGAUAACAUUAUGUUACGAUUCUUUGCGAAUUGUGACGAGUACUCGACCAGUGUUCUCAAUAACGAUUCGGCGAUAGAAGAGUAUUUUAAAUUCCACGGGACCCCGGAAUUUAUGGCUAUGAAACAAGCAGUAAGCGACCGCAUCACUGCAGGACAUAUAAACCUCACCACCA